CAGUGUGUCGGUCUCACCCUGCUCUCCACAGUGGUCCGUCUGACGAUGGCCUCCAGCCUCUGCUGGUGGUUGAGGCUCUGCUGGGGUCCCGCCUUCUUCUUCUCUGCUGCCGUCACCUGCGGCACACGCACGCGCAGAAAAGGCUGCGUCCUUGACCAGACGAAGGAUGAAGGCGGGGACCCCCGUCUCACCCCGCUCUCCUACCUGACUGUUGGAGGACGCUCAUAUUGUUCUGGAGAAGACGGCGGCGUGAUGUCGUCACCGCCACCUGGAUCUGCGCUCUCCUGGGACCCGGGCAAUUGAAAGAGCUGCUUCACAACGCCGAGCUCCUGUUUCUGUCGCUUGGCUUUCGGAGCUAAAGGAACAGGAGAGAAGAGUGAGUGGAGCAGCAGGCAGGUGGCGACCCAGGCCUGGGAGCUCACUGGUGCGCUGCUCCUCCAGGAGGUGCUGGAUGUCAGAGAUGUCGUCCUGCCGUCUCCGAGGCUUCUGGGGUUGUGACGUCUCUUCUGCGUGAUGAUUUUAAAAACGAUUCACCGUCAAGUCACUCUGAGUGGGUCAUUCAGUGUCAUAACACGCCACAGCGAGCAACCUUGAACCAUGCAGUGAUGAUUGACAUAGUUCUACUUCACAAGUGCUCGAGCUGACACAAACUGGAUGCUUCUACCGUCGACAGCCGCUGGACACAAGUGUCACGUGUUGGUGGGUUUCACUCAGCAAGUGUGAAGUGUUGAGAGUCUGCGGCCGAGUGACCGGUGCGGCGCAGCACUCACCCUCCAGCUCCGCCAUGGCUUCCAGCUCGUCGGCAUACUGCUCCUCAAAAGUGUCCUCCGUGUGGAAGAGCUCGUCAUAUUCGUCCAUGUUUACCCCGAAACUUGGUCAACACACAGGCCAGUGUUCAUCGAACAUUUGCUCUACUACUCUGUCAACAAAGACUUUCGCGGCAUUUUUCCACUCCCGGUGACGUAGUUCCGGGUAGCUCGCAGUAAUGAAGUCUCUGAUUGGUCACGACUUGCCACGGAAACCGAGGACAGCGCUUGAACUAGCGUCACGUUAUUUGAAUCAUGACAACAGCCACACUCUAGAUAGACUACUAACCUCGCCUCAGCAGCACUUUGUUCAGUGCCUUCUUCAGGACGCAGCUACUUCCGGUACCGGCGACCGCGCUGAGACUCAAGAUGGCGCUGUUCGACAGAUGAAGACGGACUCGCCACCUUUCAAACGAGAACGUGACUUGUGUUGCAGUGUUUCAGUCAACGAAACUAACGGUGCGUGUUAGUGCCGGUUACUGGCCCAGGAACCCGGGGUCAUGUGUGAUGACGUGUGGUGGCUCAGAUCCGGCGCCAGCGCCACACACCAGCCAAGGUUGGGUUGUUGGUUUGCUCAGAAUAUGGUGACGGUUCAGGACCGGGAGCGUGAGCUGGGCUGGACCGACGCUCCCUCUCCCUGCUGUUCUGUCAGGAACCGGGGCUGUGUGUGCCAGGAAGAGAUUGAUGAUGAUGAAGCACAGAGCAUGCACUCACCCGUCGUGAGGACCUCCGCUCCUGGCCAUGGCCCUUCCCCCGGACUCACCUGAGCCCGGUCUCUGGACCAGACUGGAACCCAGCUACAAUCAACCACUUUUACCGACUGUCCAGAGAAAUCAUUGAGGAUAUACACAGUAAAUCAUUGAAAUAAAUGUGGGAAUGCGUCCACUUAUAUUUACUCAAUUAUUUCUGUACGUUUUCCCUUUUUUAUUUGGGAAUCACGGCGCCGCCAUCGUCCAGUUGGAGUGAUGGCAGUCACACCAGGCCAUUAUGGAUCAGCCAGACAUCUGGUCUGUGGGUGGCUUCGCCCGCAAACAUUUUUCCCGUAAGUACUGACAUAUGGAGUCUUCACUUGAAUGAACGGAAAAGCUUGUGUUUACGCAUAGCAUGAGACGACUGUUUUUUAAUCAUGUGGAGUCACCAGGAAGAGGUUCGAGUGAAAGCUCAAGUUCAGGAGCACAGCUCGAGUUCGGACACGUGUCGGACCAGGAAUGAGACGGAGCCCGCGCUCCGCACGCCGGCAGACGAGGGCGGUUGCCAGGGUUUGGACGAGCAAAGACGAAGAAGAACUCGAGCAGUAGCCAUGACUGAGGAAGCGUUGGUUUCCUCUCAAGUCUGCUAUCGAAAAAUCUCAGCGUUACUUGCACAAAGCAAUCAGCGUUUCAAGAGUGAAGAACACAAACACCAGACAGAUACAAUUCCACGGUCAGUAGCAAGUGAUGCUAAAAUAAGUCAUCUUUUUGAAGGUGAUGUUGACGAGGGCGGAGCCUGACGGAGGUUUGGAUGGGGGCGGAGUCUGAGAGGUAAAGGUGUGUGUGAGCUGCUGAUCUGUGCCGCAGGGUCGAGAUGGAGGGGGUCAGAAAGAGCCUGGAGAGAGCUGGAUCUGGAGGUGGGCCAUGUUUGUUUACGUCCGCCGGGACUGCACUUCUGGCUUCCCUCUAUUCUACACUUCCAUCAUGGGCAUUUGGACAUUUAGGAUUCAGGGUCCUUCACGUCUGAAUCGUGACCCUUGGUGUCAGUAUUUGUGGGCAAAUGUGAGCGUUUGGCACAUGACUCCAUCCUCAACAAAGAGUCGCCCCCCCCACCCUCCACAGUCACAUGACAACCCCUCAACGUAAAACACUCAGUGGAACAAUACAAUGAAAACAAAUCUGUGACUGGCCUCAAGUUCUUCCAAGAAAUCGAGCUACCACAGCGGUGUCUGAGUUUAUAUUCCUCAACGGUGCCAUCGUCCUAUCCAGGCUCACGCUCACAGACGAACCUGGGGGAGGGCGCCCCCUGGCUGCUGGAGGCAUCGAGCAGGCUAGCACUAGCCGCUGUUAGCUGCCAUGUAUAUGCGUCAAUACAAAUACAAGCGGAAUACACACAAUGUCACAGGAGCUGGACUCAGGGUUGACAUCCGGAGCAGCCAUCUUGGAUUCUCCCACCUUGUUCUUUAUUGUGAAGAACGCAGACGUACAGAAAGGAUCCAGCCCAUCACGGUAGUCCGGUUCCAGGAGAAUGGGCCAUGUGAAAGAUCAAAGACACAUGAGCUGAAAUAGAAAUAUAUAUAUAUGUCGUAUGUGAAGGGAAGAGUUCAGACGAAGAGCAGCGCCUUUUGUUUGGUGGAAUGUUGAUGGUGGAGUUUCAGUUCCAGGUUCCACGAUGACGUGGAAGUGCACCAAACCCUGUCGCAGCGAAACAGGAAGGUUGGAUUCUCUCAGUCUUUGUGAGAAAGGCGCAAGCCUUGGUUUGUUUGACUGAAACGCGAGGACAGCUCCAGAGAAAGCAAUGAAACUCUCCCCACCAGGGGGCGCCCUCACACAGCUGGGGCUGAGGCUCUGCUCCGAGUCUCUGCCGGGUGACUGAUGUGCUUGAUGAUGUCACAAACAUCAUCAUCAAAACAGACAAAAAUGUCAAAACCGCUGACUUCCUGUUUCCUCCGCACCCCCAUUCUGUCACAUCAACAAGCAGCUUUGCAUUUGUUGUGCCUUGUUUGGCUGCCACCCCAUGUUUGGAAUCAUUGAGUAAAAAAGCCACUUCCUUCAUCUAAGUUCUGCUUCUGGCCCCCCUUCUCUCUGUUGUUUUUCUUUUCCCACCCUGAGCAGCAGGAGGUAAUGAGCCGGGCCGGCCCAGCUUUGGUUAGUCUUCACACACUAAUGAUGCUGACUGACCCUGUGUGUGUGUGUGUGUGUGUGUGUGUGUGGACUCUGGCCCACAUCAGCUGUGCAUACACUCAUCAGCGGUGUGUGUGUGUGCAGCACAUUAGCGUGAGCUGUCUAAUGGUCAGUGCGGCGGCAGGAUCUUCUCACCUUCGCAGGGCUCCCACCGCGCUGCACUACAUGCUGUCGGUGUCUGCCUCAGCCCCAGGUCGCCAUGUCCAACGCCACCGGAAGCUUCUACGACGUCCCUCGCUCCUUCAGCAUCUCUGACAUCAUCGUCAUCGCCACCUACUUUCUCCUCAACCUGGCCGUGGGGAUCUGGUCCUCCUGCAGGGUCAGCAGGAACACGCUGAGCGGCUACUUCCUGGCGGGACGGGACAUGGCCUGGUGGCCGAUCGGAGCGUCUCUGUUCGCCAGUUCUGAAGGCUCGGGUCUGUUCAUCGGCCUGGCUGGAAGCGGCGCUGCCAGUGGCGUCGCCGUCGCUGGAUUUGAGUGGAACGCCACCUACGUCCUGCUGGCGCUGGCCUGGGUGUUCGUGCCAGUCUACAUCUCCUCCGGGAUCGUGACCAUGCCCGAGUACCUGGGCCGGCGCUUCGGAGGCGAGCGGAUCAGGAGCUACCUGACUGUGCUGUCGCUGCUGCUCUCCGUCUUCACCAAGAUAUCGACUGACCUGUACUCUGGAGCCCUGUUCGUCCAGGUGUGUCUGGGAUGGAACCUCUACCUGUCCACCGUGCUCAUGCUGGUGGUCACUGCCCUCUACACCAUCGCUGGUGGACUGGCGGCCGUCAUCUACACCGACACGCUGCAGACGUUCAUCAUGGUCAUCGGAGCCAUCAUUCUCACCAUCACCGCCUUCAACAAGAUCGGCGGCUACAGUAACCUGGAGCGGAUCUACAGCCUGGCCGUGCCCAGCAAGAUCAUCCCCAACAGCAGCUGCCACCUCCCCCGCCAGGACGCCAUGCACCUGUUCCGGGACGCCGCCACCGGAGACCUGCCGUGGCCCGGCAUGACUCUGGGCCUGACCAUCAUCGCCACCUGGUACUGGUGCACCGACCAGGUGAUCGUCCAGCGCUCGCUCUCCGCUAAGAACAUGAGUCACGUGAAGGGAGCUUCGCUGCUGGCUGCUUAUCUGAAGAUGCUGCCCUUCAUCUUCAUCAUCCUCCCUGGCAUGAUCAGCCGAGCGCUCUACCCAGACUCGGUGGGCUGCGUGGACCCGCAGGAGUGCGUGCGAGUGUGCGGCGCCGAGGUUGGCUGCUCCAACAUCGCCUUCCCCAAACUGGUCAUCGAGCUGAUGCCCAGCGGCCUGCGCGGGCUCAUGAUCGCCGUCAUGAUGGCGGCGCUGAUGUCGUCGCUGACCUCCAUCUUCAACAGCAGCUCCACGCUCUUCACCAUGGACAUCUGGAAGAAGCAGCGGCCGCGGGCCUCCGAGAGGGAGCUGCUGCUGGUGGGCCGGAUCGUGACGGUCAUCCUGGUGGUGGUCAGCGUGGUCUGGAUCCCCAUCCUGCAGUCGGCCAACAGCGGCCAGCUCUACGUCUACAUCCAGUCGGUCACCAGCUGCCUGGCGCCGCCGGUGACCGCCGUCUUCUCCCUGGCCGUCUUCUGGAAGAGGACCAACGAGCAGGGGGCGUUCUGGGGCCUGAUGGUGGGCCUGGUGGUGGGCGUGUGCCGGAUGGUUCUGGAGUUCGCCUUCCCUCCUCCGCGCUGCGGCGUGCUGGACUCGGCGCCGGCCGUGCUGCGGGGCAUCCACUACCUGCACUUCGCCAUCCUGCUGUGCGGCCUGACGGCCGUGGUGGUGGCAGUGGUGUCGCUGCUCACCCCCCCUCCCCCACCUGAGCAGGUGCGAAACCUGACCUGGUGGACUCUGACUGAGGAGCCUCAGAGAGACAUUCCUCUGCAGAAGGUUUCGUCCAUCAGCCAUCGCUGCUCCAACCACGAUGCGGCCCCAGCGAGGGGGGCCUCCUGCGGCUGGCAGACGGGGCUGUGCGCGGCAGCGGGUCAGAGUUCAGACGAGGCCCCGCCCCCUCGCCACGCCAGCCUGCAGGAGAGCGUGUUCUGGUCCCGGUUCUGCUGCGUCAACGCGCUCCUGCUGGUCAGCGUCAACAUCUUCCUCUACGCCUACUUCGCCUGACCCCGCGCCCCUCACCGGACCAGGACCUCCUCCUCUUCUGCGCAGCUUUCCUCUCCUCUGUGCAUCUCUGUGACUUUGCAGCCCCAAAUAAAAGCCUGGGAUCAGUGGAUCCACUGAGACGUCCUCG